AUGUCUCAAAAUAAAAAGCGCAAAAUUGAUACCGAAUGCCGUAUUUUUAAUGAUAAUUGGAGUCUAAGUUAUUUUUUUAUCGAGUAUCGAAAUAAAGCGAUGUGUUUGAUAUGCUACGAAACCGUGGCGGUCUUUAAAGAAUUUAAUAUUAAAAGACAUUAUGAAAGUAAACAUCAAAACAAAUACGUCAAUUGUAAAGGGAAUCUUAGAACUUCUUUGUUAGAAAAAUUCAAACAAAAUUUCAAAAGUGAACGCGUCGGAAAUGUAUUUGAAAAAUAUAAUAGAGGUAAAGAUGAGAUUAUUCGAGCAAGUUAUGAAGUAGCUAACCUGAUAGCUCGCGAAAAUAAAAGUUUUAGUGAUGGCGAAUUUGUAAAAAAAUGUAUCUUGGCAAGUGUAAAAGAAAUUAUUCCGGAAAAAAUGUCUGUAUUCGAGAAUAUCAGUUUGUCUCGAAAUACUAUUACUAGGCGGGUAGAAGACAUUGGAGGUGAUUUAAUGACGCAGUUACAAAUAAAAUCGAAAACGUUUACAUUUUUUUCUUUAGCUUUGGAUGAAAGCACUGAUGUGUCAGAUACUGCACAAUUAUUAAUAUUUAUACGAGGAAUAGAUAUAUUAUAUACACUAGAUAUUUAG